UCAACUGACGUCAACUGGUUGGGAUUCAACCCUCCGCCAGAGCCCGGCCAUGGAUUUCGGUGAGGUUGCUCUGCUGGCGGUGAGCAGCUGUUCACUCUUGGUGCAUCUCUUGCUGGGCGUUUGGAGAAGCCACGGCGUCACCAGGCCUUGGAGAUGGCUCAAGGACUGGUGUUCGGUCUUUCUUUGGGGCAUCCAAUGGGAAGAAGGCGUCGACAAGGUGGUGGCGGAGAAGUUGACGAACACUCAGAGACGCCUAGGGACCUUGAUGAGCAGCGCCACGUUGAAUUUGUACAGCGUCUCUGUGUUGGUCUCCUUAUUCCUGGGACGUCCGACCUUUGCCUUGAGCCAAGAGGACGAGAAUCUCCUGAUGCUUCCGCGGCUACUGCUGGCGGUGUGUCACUUUCACCCUUUGUCCGUCCUCGCCUGGAAUUUGAUCAUCUCUCUGUCCAUCAUCUUUUCGACGGCCUCGGGUGAAAUGGACAUCAUGCAGGGCGAUUGGGCCUCUCUUGUGAGAAAUGAGCUCAUGUCCACCUUUGCCUUUUUCCUGGUGUCCUUCUGCUGCUGGAUUUGGAUGUUGGAAUGUUCCCGUCGUGACGUGGCCACCUCCAUGCUGCAAGUGGAGCGCAGCGCCUCGCGCUCGCUGCUGGGUGCCG